AUGCCUCGUCGAUACAAUAACACUGCUCAGUGUCGUGCUAACCGUCGUCAUCGUCGUCGCUUAAGAAAUUCUUCUUCGUUUCCUCUUUAUGAAGCUUUAGAUGUAGUUGGUGAUGAAAAUAGACGGUUGGCACAACUGCUGCAGCAACUAAGAAAACGUAUCAAAACUUUGGAGGAAGAGGUAGAAAUGCGUCAGGAGAAAAUUGUUGAAGGAGUGCAAAAUAAUUGGAGAAGAGAAGUUCAAUAUGAGAGGUUGCUAAAGGAACGAAAUAGAUUAAGGGCACGAAUAGAGGAUUUGGAAGAACAUUGGGUGAUUUUUGACAAUCAAUCACUCGGCACUGUGGCUUGUUCAGCUUUUCAAGAUUUUGAUGAUCAAAAUUCUAGUUUUGAGGAUGAAAUUAAGUGA